AUCACAAUGCACAUCUUAGCAGCCAAUCCUGUUACCCUUGUUACAAUGUAACCAGGAAGAGCUGAGCACAUGGGAGAGACGCAGGAGAGCGAUGAUCAGGAUCCAGGUGUAUUCUAAAUUAUGGCUCUGAAAGUGCUAAUUAGCACAAGCAGCAACUGUGUGAGUCACCUUAGAGGUGCCAGAAAGUUACGAAUCCCCACAUUUGAACCCGGGAUCAUUAUAUGGCGACCCUUCCUUACACAACGGAUCCCCGACUGCAAAGAAAAAACAGAAGGUGAAAAUGUGGACGCAUCAAAGGCGAGUAAAUACCAAGCCUCCAUCAGAACGAAGGAAACCCAUGAGGACUGGCUUAGAGAUUUUCUUCUGCAAAAAGGUGCCGACACAGAAACCAUCGACAGUGUCAUCUCCAGAUACCCCCGAGCGAUCAUUCGUACAUCAGAAAAUGUGCAGACCAGGUGGGAAAUCUGGAAAAGCGUCUUGCAUACAGACCUUCAGGUUCUAAAAACUCUCGAGCGCUCCCCUGAAUCUUUUUUCCGCUCGGGCGACCUUGAAAAUCUGCAGGACAACAUCUCCUUUGUCUGUUCGCUGGGCCUUUCUUCAAAGAUUGUAACUCAGUUGAUGGCCAGGGCCCCUCGGACCUUCUCCAACCGGGCAGCGCUCAAUCGGGACAUGGUGGAGUUUUUACAAAAUCUAUGCUCUUGCUUGGGAGGUGACAAUCCCGAAGAGUUUGCAGGAAAGAUCAUAGCAAAGAAUGUGUAUCUCUUAACCAGAAGUACCAAACGGAUUAAAGCAAAUAUUGAGAUAUUCCAAACCAUGUUGAAAAUACCAAAUGCAGAGAUGCUGGACUGGAUCCAAGGUAACGGAUCCGAUAUUCUGGAUCUGGGGAACGCCUAUAUCAAGAAGAACUUUAACAAUGUUCAGAAGAAGUUUCAGUCUUUGGGUUGUUCAGAAGAUGAGAUUACGAAGUGUCUAGUCACUUUUCCUCAAAUACUUUACCUGUCUCCUGUAACUUUUAACACCAAAAUUGAUCUGCUUAUGAAGUAUGGUAUUAAGGUGCACCAAAUCUUGGAGAUGCCAAGGGUGCUUGAUGUGAGCUCUGCCAAUAUACAAAGUAAGAUUAAAGAACUGAUGCAGCAUGGGUAUGACUUUCAGGCUUCUGGAAUUGGAGUGUUGGCUUUGAGCAGAAACAGGUUCAAGCUGAAAGUCGAAAAACUUGUAAAUGAACAAAAAUAACAGGACUUUUUGGCGUAUAUCACCAGCCACACAUCAGUGGCAGAACUUUUCAUAAAAGUGGAUAUUUUUUUUGGUGUCACAAUGUACAGUAUAAGAUUUCCUAUCAUCUGUGCCCAGUCUUGCCACACAGAGUUAAU